UACUGGAUAACAUUCCACACACGUAGAGGCAACCCGAGCUACAUCCAUUUCUAUGGCUUCCAUUCACUCUUAAACCAAUUUAUUUCCUUCUUGCCCAUUAUUCUCUUCCCACAAAAGUAAUACCCCGACAGUUUCAUUUUCCAUUUCUUACUAUCGAAUUUUCCUUUUCAAUCUUCCCCAAAUACUCCUGGCUUCAAGGAAAUUGGAAAAAAUCGAAGCUGAAUUUGAAUUCAGAACCUCUAAUGGCUUUAUCAUCAACGAAUCCUUUACUGUCCUCCAACAUUUUUGGCACCAAAAUUUUUAUUUCUCCGCCUACACCUAAAACCGUUCCAAGAAAAUUCCUCGUACAAGAUUCGAUUUUUAACAAGAAUUCGAAAUCUUUCAAGAAUAUUCAAUCACAUACCACUUUAGCUGCUUUACUGUUUUCUUCAAUUACUCCACAAGCCUUGGCAGUAGAUGAUGCCACCCCUCCUGCGGCUGCGCCGCCUGUUCUUCAAGCUGAGGCGCCCAAGCCUGGUCCAUCGUCGCCCUUUUCUCAGAAUCUUGUUUUGACAGCCCCAAAGCCACAGGCCCAGUCGACUUCUGAUCUCCCUGACGGAUCCAAUUGGCGUUAUAGUGAGUUCUUGAAUGCAGUCAAGAAGGGGAAGGUUGAGAGGGUGAGGUUCAGCAAAGACGGAAGUGCCCUUCAGCUCACAGCAGUGGAUGGCCGUAGGGCUACUGUUACUGUGCCCAAUGACCCGGAUUUAAUUGACAUUUUGGCUAUGAAUGGUGUUGAUAUUUCGGUUUCUGAGGGUGAUUCUGGAAAUGGAUUGUUUAGUUUUAUUGGGAAUUUGAUCUUCCCGUUCAUUGCCUUUGCUGGACUUUUCUUUUUGUUCAGGCGGGCACAGGGUGGGCCAGGUGGACCUGGAGGUCUAGGAGGGCCGAUGGAUUUUGGCCGGUCGAAGUCUAAGUUCCAGGAGGUGCCGGAGACUGGUAUCACAUUUGCUGAUGUUGCUGGGGCUGAUCAAGCAAAAUUGGAGUUGCAAGAAGUGGUUGAUUUCUUGAAAAAUCCCGAUAAGUACACCGCUCUGGGUGCGAAAAUUCCAAAAGGGUGUCUUUUGGUUGGUCCACCUGGUACCGGGAAAACCCUUUUGGCCAGGGCUGUUGCCGGUGAGGCUGGGGUGCCAUUCUUUUCAUGUGCAGCCUCAGAGUUUGUGGAAUUGUUUGUAGGCGUGGGAGCUUCAAGAGUGAGGGAUUUGUUCGAGAAAGCAAAGUCAAAAGCGCCUUGCAUUGUGUUCAUUGAUGAGAUUGAUGCUGUUGGGAGGCAGAGAGGGGCAGGACUUGGAGGUGGGAAUGAUGAAAGAGAGCAGACUAUCAAUCAGCUCUUGACUGAAAUGGAUGGGUUCUCAGGGAAUUCAGGUGUUAUAGUGUUGGCAGCAACUAACCGCCCAGAUGUUCUUGAUGCGGCAUUGUUAAGGCCUGGAAGGUUUGAUCGGCAGGUCACUGUGGACAGGCCUGAUGUUGCUGGUAGAGUCAAGAUUCUUCAGGUGCAUUCCAGAGGUAAGGCUCUUGCGAAAGAUGUUGACUUUGAAAAGAUUGCAAGGAGAACACCAGGUUUCACCGGGGCAGAUUUGCAAAAUCUGAUGAAUGAAGCGGCCAUCCUUGCAGCACGCCGCGAUCUUAAGGAGAUAAGCAAAGAUGAGAUAUCUGAUGCCCUUGAGAGAAUAAUUGCUGGACCAGAGAAGAAAAAUGCAGUUGUCUCUGAUGAAAAGAAGAGGCUGGUUGCUUAUCAUGAGGCUGGUCAUGCUUUAGUUGGUGCUCUUAUGCCAGAAUAUGAUCCAGUCGCAAAGAUCUCCAUCAUUCCUCGUGGCCAAGCUGGUGGCCUGACCUUUUUUGCUCCGAGUGAAGAGAGGCUAGAGUCAGGGUUGUACAGUAGAAGCUACCUAGAGAAUCAGAUGGCUGUCGCUCUGGGUGGAAGAGUUGCAGAAGAGGUUAUAUUUGGAUCGGACAAUGUAACAACUGGGGCAUCAAAUGACUUUAUGCAAGUUUCGAGGGUGGCUAGGCAGAUGGUCGAGAGAUUUGGGUUCAGCAAAAAGAUCGGACAAGUAGCCAUCGGUGGACCUGGUGGAAAUCCCUUCCUUGGUCAGCAGAUGUCGACCCAGAAAGACUACUCCAUGGCAACUGCUGAUGUUGUCGAUGCAGAAGUGAGAGAGUUGGUAGAGACAGCAUAUACAAGGGCCAAGCAAAUAAUGACUACGCACAUUGACAUUCUACACGAACUCGCUCAACUGCUAAUCGAGAAAGAAACUGUUGAUGGAGAAGAGUUUAUGAGCCUUUUCAUUGAUGGCAAGGCUGAACUAUACGUCGGCUAAUCAUGUUUAGAAUCAUAUUUUGAAAACUCUGUAGUGUUUGUAUAUUACGUUUUCCAUGUUGAUGUAUACAUUAAAAAAGUAACUGAUUAUUCUACGAAUUUGAGUUGAAAAUCGUAUCAUGAACA